AAACAACGUGGGGGCCGCGGGCUGUUCACCGAACGAGGCAGCCAGGCUCUCGCCUGUUCGUUCGUUCGUACGUACGUACGUUCUCUCCGGUCUGGCAUUAGUGUGUGCUCCGUUUCCGUUCGUCGCGUCGGUCCGUCUGGUUCUCCACGCUUUCGGUUGGUAAGGUUAACUCCCCGGUGUGUCGUCGGAUUCAUCGAAUCUCGUGCACGUCGUUCAACGUAUACUUAUCGGCAAGUGUUUUAACACCGCGGAGCCAAUCAUCGAUCGCAGUCGCGUCGUGUUUCAGUUUCGCGGAUAACGCACCGAUAACAGUUUCACACGGGACACGAGGAACUCGACUCGCUUGUUCCGUGAGCGCGCUUCAAGGUCGGAACCCGAAACUGAUUUCGGCUGGUCUGAGUACCGUUUCUACUGCCACCGGCUUAGCCGCUGCGCGCCGUGUCCACUGCGUGCACGUGAUUUUCUUUACCUGAGCUCAUGUGUCACGCGCAUCUCAGCGGCGUCCGUUGGGAGAAUGUGACCCGUGCCAUUAAUGAGAAGUGCUUUUUAUCACACUAUCGACGUUGCCGAAUAUCAAUAACUCGUUUAUGCCGUUGGGAGUCAAGAAGAAGAGUAUCUCAUUUACGCAUAUAAUAACUUUUUUCAUCCGUUUCGGUUUAGUUGUGAAAACUACGAGGGUCAGUCGGUGAGUGUCGAUACGCGGCUUUGUUUACACACCUCGCAUUCGGCCUCGUUUGUAGUUCAUUGAAAUAAUGCCACAGCUACUGUUGUGCUCGUAGUACCUUUCGGUCUGACCAAAGUUGGAAAACGUUUUCCGGGAUAGGAACGCGCAGUGUUAGUAGGUCCUCCGACGAUGAUGCAGUUUGAUUACGUACCGCGUUGCCGGGAAAUCGAUUAGUGGUUAAUCGUGCACGUGAAAAUUGAAGCAUCGUCGACGAUUUCUUCGCGGCGGGAAGAGAAAAGGGCAACAUUCCUCCAGUGAUCGUCAACAGGUGUACGCCUUAAUGAUACACCGAUGAGACGAUGGAGAUUGCUGUUAACAUUGGUGUACAUUGAAGAGGAGGUGCUUUGCGGUCUCGCGUGAAUCAUUAGUUUCUUGCUGCGGCCCGCUACCACGUGAGUCAGUGGUGUAUACUUCCCAAGCUUCUGAGACAGAGUGACAUGGCUUGUUAAUGGACACAUCGGUGAGAAUCCGUUCGACAACGGUUCGUGGGGAAAGGAGCAAUUCCAGCCAUCGACGGUUCCUUGGCAGCUGAAUCCGCGCGGCCACGCUCGUCCCAGUGACGAUGGCAUAAUGGAUCAUGACACAGACGGAGACGGCGCGAUCAACUUGUCAACGUCACAGCGACCCUCCGCCGCCACCACCCCUAACGGUGACACCCCCUCGUACGGGCAAGAUCAACAAGACAACGACCAGGCUACUUCGCUGUUUGCAGCCCUGAAGCAGCAGCAACAGCAAUCGCGCGACAGUAUUACCUCGUCGAGGGAGCGUGAAAAUCGGGAUCGGGAUCGGUUGUCGGUCCGUAACCGCGAAAACAGCCGGAACAGUGAGAUAGGCGGCGGGGUGGUGUCCGAGCAGUCACAACAAUCGCAACAACAACAGCAGCAACAGCAGCUACAACAGGAGCUCACGAUCGAGUAUCAGAGCAAUGGAAAGCUCAGUCCCGCUGGGCACGCAGUGACAGCAGCACCCAUGACCCAGCAAAAGCAACCGAUCAUCACGCAGCAAUCGCAACAGCCGAGUUCGGGGGCGCCUGGUCCCCAGCCUAGUCCCCAUCAGAGCCCGCAAGCCCCUCAGAGGGGUUCGCCACCGAAUCCUUCGCAGGGUCCUCCGCCAGGAGGGCCACCAGGUGCACCACCCUCGCAGAAUCCCUCGCAGAUGAUGCUCAGCCCGGCCAGCGGCAUCCAUCAGAUGCAACAGCUGCUGCAGCAACACAUACUCAGUCCCACCCAGCUGCAGUCGUUCAUGCAGCAACAUUCGCUGUAUCUGCAGCAACAGCAGCAGCAGCAGCAUCAUCAGGACUCUUCGUCGGAGCAUGCAUCGAAUCAAGAACGAUUCGGUUACUUCUCAUCUCUAAAAGAUCAUCAACAUCAGUUUGCGGAGCUAGGUAGAAAGAAGUUGGAACAGGCGAUACAGCAAUUGCAGGAACAAUUGCAGUUGAAUGUCAUCCAGCAGACGCAUCUGCUGCAAACAGCAGACAAGAAGAAGGCAUCCGCACCCCUUCAGCAAUUGGCUCUACAACAGCAACGUUUAAUCCAGCAGCUACAGAUUACGCAAAGCCAGUAUCUGCUUCAACAGGGUUUGAGUCUUCAGAGUCACAAUCCCUCUUCAGGUCUCCAACCUGGCGAAGGUUUACCAAUGUGGAAAACGGACACGCCGGACGGUUCAGAAUCUCACCAGAACUCGAACGUUCCAAAGUCUGGGGCUGGACACAAUGGACUUCUCAAUUCGACAGUGUCGAGUCGGCGGUCGGAGAUGAACGGAACCACUCCACUGGACGAGAAACCGCUGGACGUUUCCUCCAACGACAAGGUUCAUCCCCUGUACGGUCAUGGGGUCUGCAAGUGGCCGGGCUGUGAAGUUAUUUGUGAAGACUAUCAAGCAUUCCUUAAGCACUUGAACACGGAGCAUACGCUGGACGACCGAUCGACGGCCCAAGCCAGAGUUCAAAUGCAAGUGGUCUCGCAGUUGGAGAUUCAGUUGCAGAAGGAACGGGACCGGUUAACCGCUAUGAUGCACCAUCUGCACGUGGCGAAACAAAUGGCUUCCCCGGAACCACCAAAGUCGUCCGAGUCAUCGACGGGCUCGAGUAUACCAAAGCUAAAUCUAUCCACCGCGCUGAUGAGCCAACCACCACCGAACUUCGGCGUCUCCCAAGUGUCUCCGGUCUCGAUGUCCGCACUGGUCUCGGCCGUCAGGUCGCCGGCAGGUGGACAAUUGCCACCUUCGGCCGGCGGCGCGCCCAUGCCACCCAUUCCCAACAUGCCGAACAUGUCCGGAAUGCCGCCGCUGCCUAACAUGCCGGGCAGUAUGCCCACGAUGCCUACCAUGCCCAGUAUGGCCGGACCCAUCAGGCGACGUAUCAGUGAUAAAUCGGCGCUCUCCUUGGCAGGAGGACUGUAUGACGAGGGCACUGUAAGGCGCAGAGUAGCCAUCGAUAGAUCUGGAAUAGAUAUUAACGAAGAAAUUCAACGAAAUAGGGAAUUUUACAAGAACGCCGACGUCAGACCGCCGUUCACGUAUGCAUCAUUAAUAAGACAGUCGAUCAUCGAGUCGCCGGAGAAACAGUUGACGCUGAACGAGAUCUACAACUGGUUCCAGAACACAUUCUGCUAUUUCCGGCGCAACGCAGCUACGUGGAAGAACGCGAUCCGCACCAAUCUAUCAUUGCACAAGUGUUUUGUGCGCUAUGAGGACGACUUCGGGUCAUUCUGGAUGGUGGACGACGCCGAGUUCGUAAAGCGGCGGCAUCUGUCCCGCGGCCGCCCCAGGAAAUAUGACCCAACCCCAUCACCCACUCCACCCCACCUCUCCGCACAGGGUGUCCCGUCGAAGAGUCCGACCAUGAAUCACAGCCCGACCAUGUACGGUGACGCGUUAAACGCCAAUCUCCAGUAUUUCCAGGCGGCGCUCGGAGAUUCUAAUAUGGGAUUUCUAAACAACUCGAUGUGCACGUCGACGACGACGAGUCCCGACAAGGAGCACGUGUUAACCCAUAGUGAUUUAAUGUCACCGUUGGAUGAACCAGCCGUGCACAUAAAACAGGAGGGCCAGAGCCCGGAGGGUGGUAAACUAACCAGAUUAAUAAAGCGAGAACUGGUCGACGCGCCGGCGGAGCAAGAGGGUGAGGACGAUCAGGUGGACGAGAGGGAGUAUCCGGAGAGUCACGGGCACGACUCGGGUCAGGAUGAAGACAUGGCCGAGGACCUGUCGAUGGCGCCCGACAUAAUGACCUCAGAGGAUCAGAUCGAGGCGUAGUAUUUUAGUUCUUCGAGAAGCGAAUAGGUUCGAGCUGUCGCGUCGUUGUCCGGUCGUGAUGGAAGAACGAAAAGAGGAAGGAAUAGAACGAGAAGCUUCUCUUCCUCGUCCGUAGUGAACGAAGACCAGAAGGGUAGAGGUACGGAGCAGAGGACAGAUUAGGAGAAGACAAAGAGUAAUGAAGAUUGGCGAAGGAAUGGAAGAAGAAGAAAGAAAAGAAUGAGGAAAGGAAGACACGAAGAAGACGAUGAAGGCCCCUAGGACCACCCAGCCCUCCACUUCAGCUUCGUAAGAGAACCCCAUUUAUCAUAUCCAAAGCCGUGAUACGUUUUAUCGGGCGGCUUCUAAAGUUAAAGCCAAGAGAGAGAGAGAGGAAUACAAAAAAAAGCGAAGAAGAAGGUAACGCUGUGCGUGAUCGAUCGCGACGAAACGUUGAAGAGUAUCGGUGAAUAUCGUGAUAUAAUCGGCGCGAUCCUUCGAUUCAUAUCCUUACUCAAGCAAUUGCAAACAACGAUGUAUUUUCCGUUCAACCAAUUCUGUUUCGUUUCGGAACCGUGAUUAUAUCUCUAUAUAUAUAUACAUAAAUAUAUAUACAUAUAUAUACAUAAUUCUCUACUCUCUUUCUCUUUCGUGUACAUUGAAUUAGCGAGUAAAAUCGAAGAAGGGAGAAACGAGUUGCAUCCGCGAUCGUUCGUAGCGUUUCGACGGGAAUAAUCACACAUCCCCUGAAAAAUACCAGGAAAAGAAAUACGGUGUUUUCCAUCCUCGUUUUCGUGGUUCGUUUCCUACUUCCGUUAUCGUGAUGGUACGCGCGUGUACGACUACGUGUUUGAGCGUGAGUGCGUUCUGCGUGUGCUAAUCGCGUCAGUCGCUAUUGGACCAAUUUAUUGAACGAAUCGUUAGAUUUUCGUAGUCUUUAAUUUGAGAGAUAAACUGUGACUAAUUUUAUUCCGGCUGAAGGCACUAUCACUUUUUCAAAAAUUUCAUGCACAUUUUCUGCUGACGAAGAGAAAGUCGCGAUCAAGGGAACACGCAGAUCUUGAGAAUAAGAGGUGCGAAUGACGAGGAGUUAAAGAAGGCUGGAACUAUGUUUAAGGUAUGAAUAACAAAACUGUGGUGAUAGCAGAGUUCUGGGUACGCGAGGGAAUGACUGACGCUUUAGUCUUAAAUAUAUCGUGGUAAUUAGAAAUGUUGGCGGAUCAAAAAAGGUCUUCGACGUGAUUUCGGAAGGAGUUGUGAUCCUUUCUUUAUAUCAGACAACUUAAGCUUAAGGAAACGCGUCCGCGUAUGAAACACGGCCGCGAUCCCUGCGUACCCGUUCGCUGCUCCGAUGUUAAUCACUGUAUAGCUUAGGGGAAAAAAUUAAUCGUAAGUAGUAUCGGUCAACGGUCAUAGACGUCGACGAUGUGCGUGUAUCGAAACAGGACGUGCACGCGCUUACCGAACCGAUUUUUAUCGUUUCGAUAUAAAACUUUUCCAUAAAGCAGUCCUUUAAACCUUUGAGCAAUGAAGAGCCGGAUAAACUACAUCUAACGACGAAUCAUGAUAAGGAAGGUUCGAAACGGGACCGAGGAUAAUUCAGAAUUGAAAAUAUAAUAAAAGCGGAUGCCACGAACGCACUUAUAAAUAAAUUAAAUUAACUAUGUACGCAUAUGCAUAUACAUAUAUUAAUACGUAUACGUAUCUCGAAAAUUAUAAACAAAUUAGAUGUCGAUGGCCCUGUUCUCCGUUCUCCAUCCAACGAAUCCUCAACCCCUGUCCCUUUCAACCCUGUCGCUCCCUGUGUUCGCGUGGUCAAGAUUCGGUUCCGAAUUUUUAGACAAUGGGACUGCGUCCGAUCGGAUAGAACCAUCGCGUCCAAACAGAAAUCGAACGAAAGAUAAUCGUGGGUGAGGGGCCGUUACUCGUCGAUCUUCGAGCCCCUGAUACACACACACACACACACUUACACGUGAGUUUAGAAUCGAAAGCGUGCUCAAGUCGGUACAGGAUAAAAUGAAAUUUAUUCAUUAUUUUCGAUGAUUAAUAGAUGCAAAAUGGUGCGUGCCGUUUUCUCAAUUUCGGCGCGCCGCAGCGAUGGGGAGGGGACGAUCGUGUGUGAUAUUGUUCCGUUCGUACCCGUAGACACGUAUGUACACGGUUUGUUUGUAAUAUUUUUGUAAAUUAAUUCGUUCCCGGGAACGUAUGUAUGUAGAUAAAUUUAGAGAUCGGGACUCCAUUAAUUGUCAGGGUAAUUAAUUAAUUGCUCGUCGAAGAGACUCUUCCCACACUGCGGCCCGACGAUUAUGUUCGAAGGAAUCGCAAGAUGUUUGAUUGUUUUUUUUUUCCUAGUAUUUAACAAUACUAGUCGGGAAGCCGGUUUAAUGAGUCAUUUAAGGUACGUCGAUCGACGUCGACUCUAACAUUCUCACAUCUUACUUCCGUUGAGAAAACAAUCAUUUAAAAAGUCUAUAUUUAACGCGACUUUCAUUAGUAAUAUUAGCAUGAGUAUCGAGCCAACUCUUCUCCUAGUCCUGAAUAGAAUCUGUUUAAUUUCUUUCUCUCUUUUAACAUGGAUCGUGCACUUCACAUAUUGCGAGUAAAUAGUAAAAUGCGUUCGCAAUUAUUUGACCAUUUUUUCAUUCCUGAGUGUUAGAUACUUGAUCCAUUCCGCGUACGGCACGUAGCUUGUAGGAAUCUUAAGUUUUACCUUGUAUUAUUCCAUAUUGACUUCCCAUACGAGGAGCCCUUCGAUUCUCGUUGUUAUUCCGGAUCCAUAGUUCGCGAAUGAUUGAAACUUUAUCAGAGAAAGGAAGAGAACAAGUGAGAAACAUGUAUGCGAAUGUGUGUACUCAAAUCAGGUGCGUCAGUGAACAUUGAAUAGCGAAAGAGAUAGAGUAAAUUAAAAGAGAAACACCUACACGGAAGAGGAAGUCAAAGAGAAAGAAGAAAAGUAGAAAAUCACGCACGACUGGUGCCGUUUUGGGCUCGCUUUCACGUAUCGCUACUAUUACUAAUCUAAGUCUACAUGUAUUGUGUAUAAUGGAUUAUGGACUCGUUAUAAUAUAGAAAGACUCUCCUGUAAAUAGUUGGUAAAAAGAAGAAGAAACUCGUCGAGGCAUUAGGGAUUUGCGAAUACUGCGUCACUUUGCGAAUGAAUGAGUUCAUCGAUAGUGUGGUAUAUAAAAGUCUAUAUAUAUAAAUACAAAUCUAUAUAAGUAUACAAACACAACACGCAACAGAUACACAAGCGUGCGAGCGCGCGCGCGCGUACACAUUCACACAUGCAUACAUAAACCGCGUAUUGUGCGUAUCCCGGCUGCAUUUAAUUUUUACUUUUGACAUCUCGAAUUUCGCAAAAAAAAAAAAAAAGAAGGCGAUUGCAAUUCUCACGAGCCGACUGCUCGAGGAAAAAGACACUUUCUCGUUUUAUCGCAUCAUGAUUGAUUGUGUCGCGAUAUAAAAAUGUAAAGAUCAAUCGAUUUCGAGUGGACACGAAACUUCUUCGAUUCACGAAGGCAGGAAGAUCGUAGUUUGUUUUUCUUUUUUCCCGUUCAAACGUUCUUUUGUACAGUAGCUACUGUUAUCUCGCGAAUAUUCUAUAUUGUACAGGUUUAAACGUUUUCUGUUAUGUUUGUUAUAUAUUUCGGAUAAGUCUUGUAAAGAACAAAGGAGCAUGAUUGUUUAAAAUUUUUUGUACAAGUGUAGGAAAGACGGGAUUUAGUGUAUUAUUAUUCUAGUUCGUCGAAUAGUCACGUUUUCAGACGCGUGAUACGUCGCAAGGUAUAAAUACCUUUACAGAAUUUUCUUUCUCUUGUCAACGGAUCGACAAUUUCUGACGCGUUCGUCUUUUACGAAGUACGUACACAUGACGAACCAGCGCGAUCAUAUCAGAAUAGGAUAGAAGGAACAACUAAAAUAGGAUCGAGUGAACAGUGCCGAAUAAAUAUGUUUCUUUUUCGCUAUUUUCUUACGCGUUCUUACGCUUAUCGUUAGAUACGAUUGUUAACUCGAAUCGGUGGAUUUAAAACAUAAUUUUGAUACAUGAAAUUCGUUCGUUUGCACGUGUUCACUCAAAAUUUCCACGUAUAUAUACGUAGUUGAAUCGAAACGAAUUAUUUGGCUUAUUAUCAGAGCAUACGAAAAUCUAUUUUUUAAUAAAACGAUUUAUGUAUACAGGAAACGCGUUCGGAUCCAUCCCGAACGAUUUCAAAUAGUUCAGUAUUAUCCUGUGCCCUAUGAAAACGAGGAAGUUCUAAAAAGACCGCAAACCCAAUCUGUUUAUUAGUAACAGUGAACAGUGUUUAGGAAACCCAUUAUCGUCUGGAUUAUUUUAUUAAGUAUUGUAUAAUAAGUUGCCUUGUAAAAAUGUACCGAUUUUACCGAAGAAAUUAAAUGUGUUACUAAAAGAAACAAACCAAUCUCUGAACUGUUUCAUCGACCCUUUUUUUCAACAGAAAAAAAGGUACCGUGGUAUAGCAAUUUAUCGAUUUAUAAGUAGUCGUAAUAAUUGUAAGUAACGAGAGUUAUCAUUUUCACUGUACUUUCUUUGUAUAAGACUGACAUCGUUUGUAUAUGCUUAAAAAGGAGAUAAAGAAAGAAAGAAAGAUAUGAUCUUGUUAGAUACGUCAAGGUUUAUACACGUAAAUUAAUGUGUCUACGAUUAUAUGUGUUUAGAUCACAGAAGGACUUAUAUCAUACUGUACAUAGAACACUUAUGAAAUCGCAUUUUCUAGCUCGAAUUAAGCUUUAGCGUUAAGUCUUUAUCUAAUAGAAUCGUCUUGAGAAGAAUAUACAUACUUAAUAAAACAGCAAUUCGAAUGAACACGAGGAUCCAAAGCUGUCUAAACUGAUUGUUUCCGAAUUCCUUGUUUGUCAUAUUUAAAUAAAACGACUGCGAACAA